GUUAGAAUUUGAAAACGCGUUUAAACGCGUUAAUUUUGGAAACGUUUAACGCGUUUUCAUGAUCAAAAUUGUAACAUUUUUAAUCGUUAAAUCGUUAAAUUUUUAACGAAUUUUCACGUCACAAAGUUUCGUUAAAUUAGCAAAAAUUUUUACAUGGGCAGUACUUGGAUUCAAUUUAUGAAAUGUUGCUCUUCAUAUCUGAUCAAUUCCUAGGUUUUUCCUCUCUUUUAUUCGAACACCAGACUUUGCCCGUUCAGUUUAUGUUCACCAUCCAGGCCAAGGUAAAAAAUGUUUUCGUGUCUCGAUCCAAAUCAAUUUUGGCACUGAUUACUAUUCCAAAAGCUCUAUUUACAGCAAACCUUUUUAAACUAAAAGUCAAAAACUAAAGUCAAAUUAGAAUAGAUUUGUUUUAAACAUGUCCCAGAUAAGCUGACAUGUUUUCGAGAAAUAUGCUAAAUCUCGCUACUCGAUUCGCCAACUGAUUCUAUUUCCUCAUCACAAACUAUUUACGACUAUGUUAUGUCGAACGUAGCAUGGAUUUUCUAAGAAAAAAUCUCUUUCAGGAAAACGUCAGAAAACACAUCAAUUUACUCAAAUUAGUCAAAAACAUUACUUUUCAGGUCGACCAUCGUCAAGAAACUCGAAUGGAGGUGGCCGUUUUGUUGUUUAUAUACCCUAUUUGCCAGCGAACAUCGAUAGUAAUCAAUUACUCGAAAAUAUUAUUCGUCAACGUUUAGAACUUCAACUUAAACUAAUAGUACUUGAUAUUAAAUGUGAUGCAGAAUUAGGCAUUGGCAUCGUUUAUUUGCCUAAUGAUGAAGAUAAGAAUUAUUUGAUUAAUAUCGUCGAAUGCAUUGUAAUUGAAGCGUCCAAAAAUAUAACAGUAUCAUUUGUAGAUGAACUCGAGCUUAUCUCCUACAUUGUCGUCGAUGGAGAGGAUAUGGAAAAUCUUCCAUCAGGUGAUGAGAUAUGUCGACGAUGGGUUCAUCUGUGUAAGAUGCAAUCCCAACCACAAUGUAAACCAUUAUCUUUUCAAUUUCCGAAUAUCUUUCGAAUAGUGAUGCAUUCAUUAAGAGAACUACUCACAGCUACGUCAAUAAAGGAAUUCUCAAUCAAUGGUCACAUUGCAACUGUUUAUUUUCGAGCUGACUGCAGUUUCUUUGAAGAUUUACCACGAACGACAAAUUUGGAUCGAUUGAAAGUAGCUAUUAGGAGGUUAAUUUCUGAUGAACACAUGUCGAAAGAAUCAAUACAUAUUCAAUAUAACAAAGAGUGUGCCAAUGCUGUUGUCAUAGCAUCAGGUAGAGCUCGAAUAUGGGCAUUGCAUAGUUCAAUUCAGUUAGAUGGACGAGUUAUUAUGAAGAAAGAUAGUCUUGCUUAUCGUCUUUUGAUACGAUCCGUGCCUAAAAGUGUAUCAAUAUCACAUAUUCAACAUCAUAAAAUUUUUGCUGAUACUAUUAUUAAAAUAUUGCACACUGAUGAACAUGUCAUUCUCGAACUUUCAGAUAAAAAUGUUUAUGAGAAAUGUAUUAAUCAAGGUGCCUUACGUAUUGGUGACCAUGUAUUGGGUAUUGAAGUUUAUACAUUUGCAAGUAAUCCUGAAAAUAGUGAAAUCGAUGCCGAAAAUUGGUAUGAAACAGAAAUGUGUGAUCAUAAACCCGACAUCAUGCCAUUUAUUUCUAAUCCUCAGCAUCAUAUAUUUCGAUCUAAAUGGAAUGCAAAAGCAUUUUUAGAACAAUUUCGACGUUGGACAUCGAAUGACCGUAAGAUUGAUGGAAAAGAUGGAGAUAAAUAUGAAAAAUUAUGCAACCUUAAACGUCAUCUAUUACGAAUGACAGUGAUGUUAAAUACGAUUGGUGUAGUAAAAAGAGGUUCUUAUCGUAUUGGCGAAAAAGAAGUCAAACUAAAACCGAAUCGAAUAAAAACUAUUCUCUAUGACCAUAAUUCAAAAUUGCAACAUGGUAAGACAACUUCGCUGUCACAUGCAACAGAAUUUCCCUAUCCAUCGACAUCAGUUAGUGUAAUCAAGGAAGAUUGUUUGAUUGCUUACGAGCAUUUAGUACUCAAAGGCAGUCGACCAGUUCUUCUCAAUAUGGCCCAUGCGAAUAGUCCAGGUGGUGGCUACAAACGAGGUGACGGAACUCAAGAAGAGACACUUUUUCGUCGUUCGAAUUAUUUUCAAAGUCUCGAUCUUGAAUUAGAUGAUGAAAAACCAACAGCACGCUUCUAUUGUAAUUCGAAUUCCGAACUAGAACCUUUAUCUGACCAUGAUGUACUAUAUCCAAUGGAUGAGUUUGGGGCAAUUUAUACAUCGGGCUUGACAGCUUUUCGGCAAUCUGAAGAUAUUGGCUAUGCUUUCAUGGAAAUACCUAUGUAUGAUGUAUGUGCUAUCGCAAUGGCGCCUUAUCGAGAUCCAAAAAUUGAGAAUGAUCUUCUCUCUUCAAAAUAUUCUAUUGGUACACGAAAAAAAAUUGAAAAUAUAUUUGCUAUUGCACAUCAUCAAAACCAUGAUACUCUCGUCCUAUCUGCUUUUGGAUGUGGCACGUUCAGAAAUCCGCCAAAGCACGUUGCAGCAAUAUUCAAAUCAGUUAUCGAACAAUAUGCUGGGUAUUUCAAGUGUAUUUAUUUUGCUAUUGCUGAUGAUCAUAAUACAGAUCAGACUCUUAAUCCAAUAGAAAAUUUUCGUCCUUUUGUAGAAUUACUCGAUUGUUUAGUUCAAAAACCAGAGCGUAAUAAGCUUGUCGGCAUGAUGAUUGGACCUUGGCAAAUUUUAAAUUAUACAACUAUUAAUGAAAUAACAUUAAGUGAUAUUAGAAUUUAUCGUUCGAAUGCAUGCCGUUAUGGUGGAAAAUGUUAUGACUUGAAAAAUAUACAGCAUUGUCGUGAAUAUUUACAUCCGCCUUUAUGCCCAUACGCAAAUAAUACGGUAUCAUGUUCACAGAAAAAUGAUGAUCAUCAUAGGAUUUGGUUCAGACAUCGUCAAAUAUGUUCAUAUGGUGGUGAAUGCGAAUUAAUUGAGUAUGAUCUAAUACAUCUAAAUGAAUUUGAACAUCCUGAAUUUUGCCGUGAUCGUGGUCGUUGUGAAAACAUGAGUAAGAAACAUCUUAAAGCUUAUCGACACGUGCCAUUAUGUAAAUAUCGUCGUCAAUGUAUCGAUUAUAACCGUGAAUUAAAUGACCACUGUCUAAACUUUCGUCACUGA